CUUCAGACUCGCAGACGAUAUUGCGUUGAACGAAUGUGCUGGGUGCAUGUCAUCAAUGAAUUGAGCUAAAUCUGUCACAAUAUCUACUGUUCUUCAUAUUUUUGGUAACUUUCUAUACGAUGGAGCUUCCAAUCGAAGAAAAUGAUUUAGAUGACGAGACUAAAAAGCGAGGAGCUGCAGAGGUGUUUUCUCCGACAAGAAUAAAGUUCCCCAAACACAUACACACUGAUGUUGAUGACAAACUGCAGGCAUUGGCAGAUUCCAUUUUGAACCGAAGUCAGAUAGGAAAUGAACAGGUCAGUCGCCAGGUGACUGCCCCAUUUGAAGUACCGGAAUACCCGAUUGAAGAAAAGGAGAACAGAAGCUACUUCGAACGACAGUUCAGCCACAGGUUACCCGCUAAUGUCCUCAAUUUUAAUAUCACAGACACUUCCUCACAGACCCUAUCAUCCCCUGUGGAGCGGAGUCGACCAUCCUUUGUGGAUGAAGAUGUGACGCCCCAGGAUGUAAAGGCGGAGCUAGAUGAGGAGAUUGACUUGGUCCCCACAUUCCAGAAGAUUACCAUCAGCGGAGAGGAUUUCAGUGGGGUGCCCCUGAAGGAUCUAGAACUGGCCUCAAAGAGUCUUGUGAAGGCUCUGAUGAUCCGAGAGAAAUACAUGGCCUUGUCGCAUCAACACUUUCCUCGUGUUACUGCCCGCUUUCUUCAGAGCUUGGAGGACCGUGAGGAAUUUAGCAAGGUCAAGAACUCUUAUUCUGUUGGUGACAAGAAAAGCAUCGAAGUUGACGAAGACAUGUCUGGCAUUAUGUAUUAUGAAAAGCAAGAGUUUGGCCCAGUUUCUAUCAAAGAUCAUCCAAUUCACCCGCCACUUAAACAUGGCGACCCUUUCAACAUCGACAUGGAUGAGGACGUGGGAUGCUGCUCCAAGCUUGUGAAUGGUGUUGUGCAUGUGUACCGCAGUCGGGAGGCCAUGGAUAAAAACGUGCCUAUUGAGUGGCCCUACCCAGACCUGAACACCUACCUAGAUGACCAGAAUCUCAUGUAUGCCUUCAUCAGUGAUGGCCCUCUGAAGUCCUUCUGUUACCGCCGUCUCUCGUUCCUGUCGUACAAGUUCCAGCUGCAUGGCUUGCUCAAUGAAAUGAAGGAGUCCGCUUCUCAGAAAGAGGUUCCCCACAGAGACUUCUACAACAUCAGAAAGGUGGACACCCACGUACAUGCCUCCUCCUGCAUGAACCAGAAACAUCUGUUGAGGUUCAUCAAGAAGAAGAUGAAGACAAGCGAAGAUGAGGUUGUGUGUAAAGACAGGAACAGCAAACUGAUGACCUUGGCUGAGGUGUUCAAAAGUCUCAAUCUGACAACAUAUGAUCUAAAUGUGGACAUGUUGGAUGUACAUGCUGACAGAAACACAUUUCACAGAUUUGAUAAGUUCAAUGCCAAGUAUAAUCCUAUUGGUGAAAGUCGGUUGAGGGAGAUUUUCAUCAAAACUGACAACUACAUCAAUGGCAAAUACUUUGGUCAGGUGAUAAAGGAAGUGAUGAGUGACUUGGAGGAGAGCAAAUAUCAAAAUGCAGAAUACCGUCUGUCUAUCUAUGGGCGGAGUCGAGAUGAGUGGGACAAGUUGGCAAAGUGGGCAGUGGAGCAUCGCGUUCACUCGGAGAACGUCCGAUGGCUGGUGCAGAUUCCCAGACUCUAUGAUGUGUACCACAGCAACAAGCUUGUGAAGAACUUUGAGGAGAUCUUGGAGAAUGUGUUCCUGCCUCUGUUCGAAGCCACCAACAACCCCAAGAGUCACCCAGAACUACAUGCCUUCCUGCAAUAUGUGACGGGCUUUGAUUCUGUGGACGAUGAGUCCAAAUCUGAGCACAUUGUGUUUGACAAGGACACGCCCCUUCCACAGGACUGGAAGUCCGAAGAGAACCCCCCCUACAGCUACUACCUGUUCUACAUGUAUGCCAACAUCACCGUGCUCAACAUGUUCAGGAGUGAGCGAGGGUUCAGCACCUUCAAAUUUCGCCCCCACUGUGGUGAGGCCGGCAAUGUGACGCAUCUCCUCGCUGGCUUCAUGUUUGCUGAGAGCAUCUCACAUGGCCUGGUUCUCAGGAAGGUGCCAGUGCUUCAAUACUUGUACUACCUAGCUCAGAUUGGCAUCGCUAUGUCUCCGCUCAGCAACAACUCUCUCUUCCUCAACUACCACCGCAACCCACUUCCGGAGUACUUGGCUCGAGGCCUCAACGUCUCCCUAUCAACAGAUGAUCCUCUUCAGUUCCACUUCACUAAGGAACCGCUGAUGGAGGAGUACAGCAUUGCAGCCCAAGUGUGGAAGCUCAGUACAUGCGACAUGUGUGAAAUCUCUCGCAACAGUGUUCUACAGAGUGGAUUCCCUCAUUUGGUGAAACAGCACUGGCUCGGCCCUAACUACACCCUAGAAGGCGUAUCUGGAAAUGACGUGAGUCGCACCAACGUCCCCGACAUCCGUGUGGCCUACCGCUACGACACUCUGGUUGAGGAGCUGAGAUCUAUCUGUAGGGGGGCACUGUCCUUUGAUCGAUCUUCCCAAUCCAGCAAGAAGAACUCAGUCAGCAGCUAAACAUAAGGAGACACGAAUGAGGCAAAUGUGUCUGGUUCUAGAUAAGAGGGUUGUGAAAAGUUGAUUUAUUAUCCAAAACUGGCUUCCACAGGUUAUAUCCAAUGAGAUCAUGUGAUAUCUGAUACAGGUGCAAUGGAAUUGCAUCACACUGCUUGCAGACCAUUGUGACAUCACAAUCAAAUGAUGUCACUAAUCUCUCUGCCUCUGAGGCUGGUUAGCUUUUCUUUGUACACUCAAGGCGCUGGAUAUUACUGUUUACAAACUGAAGAAGUUUGAAGAAUGAUUCUGAUAUCAAAUAUAUCCACAUUCGUUGAUAAAAGUUCACGAGGCAUGAGGUGAGAGUCUCUGUUUUGAUCUGAGUAAGCAAGUUGCAGUCACAGAAUUAUCUAGAUCACAGAUAACCCGGGGACAGCUAAUGGGUAAACCAUCAUAUGGCUGCAGGUGCGAUGGGGAAGUACAAGUAUUGUGAAACAGUUAACGUAUAUAUGUGCCACUUAUUGAUGUAAAGAUCACUUGUGAACAUCACAUAGGUCAACAUGUGUAAUUUGAUGGAAUAAUAUUGACGUGUCAAUCAUUAUUAAAAUUAGAUCUUAGUUCUCGCUACCUCUGAACAAAGAUCUGAGAACAUCCCAUUACUGGCCAUGGUUCACGAACUUUGACCGACAAAAGAAAUGACUAACAUAAAAUGCCUCAAAGGAUACAUAUAUAUAUAUGCCAAGUAUAUCAUUUGAGGCCUUGACUGUUAGUCAUUUCUUUUAUGUUAGUCUUUCGUGUUAGUAUGUCUUGCAGCCCGUAACUGUUGUUCUGAAAUGCACCAUGUUAACACAUUUCGACGCUCACUUUCCCAAUCUGGUAGACAAUGCUCUGAUCGAUCGGGUUAGAGGUCAUUCUGACGUGACCCGUAAUGGGAUGUCCUUAGAUCUUUGUUUAGUGGUCGUGAGAAGUAAGAUCUAAUUUUUACUGAGAUUGGUGAAUGUGUAGAGAUGUCAUUCCUACAACUCUUGAAACAUGUUUCAAUGUGUACUUGCAGUCACACAGACAUACAACUGUGUGCAGUAACAACUCGAGAUGCAUACUCACAAAUGUACACAAAAAUACAUAGCAUCACAGUAUGCAAAAUCACCUCGAGAAUGCUGGAGAGGUUUCAGAAUUUGGUCAUUAAUGAAUUUUUGUAAGGAACCUUCGUUUACUAAAGCUAUGCGUAUUUCCAUUGAAGUCAUUGAAAUCUUCAGAUUAUCAAGUUUCAAGCUCUGAAGCAAUUUAGAACAUCAAAAUUAAGUUUGUAUAUGGAAAGAAAUUAAUAAUCUUGCUACCCAAGUGAAAGCAGACAUCAGCUUAAGUUGUUUGAGGUUAGUCAUUAUUUUAUCUUCCCUUCUACAUACUGUGUAAUCCUGAAGCUAGUUCAUACAUACUGAAUAAAUACACUUUCAUGAGUGCGCAGCCAACUAUACAUUCAUGCACAUGUUAAUGUUUGCACACUUGUGUUUUGUUACUGUGUAUAUUGAGUGCUCAACAUGGGGAUAAAGCUUAACCUUGGACUUUAUACAAUAGCCAAGAUUAGUUAGUGAUGCCAAUGAUUACAAAUGAAUUCAGUUCUGUAUCAAUUAUCAAUGUAACAGAAAGUUUACAAAUUUAUUUUCGGGCAUAUAUCAAUCUAACAACGGUAAUUUUUAACAACACAUUUUGUGUUUCAUCACUGUAUAUGGUAGAAGUCAAUCAUUUGUUUGUGGCAUGAACAGCUCUUGUAUUGACCUAAAAGAAUUAUGAUACUAGAAUAUAUGGUGUGAUAUCCAGGGAUGAGAUUUCCGACAGAUGAUGUAUUUUCAAGAGUCACUUUAUGUGUCUUUAUUGAGUGAAAGAAAUGACGUACUCAGCCUUGUCCAAUAAUUAAAUAGAAGGUAACGAUCUGCCUUUUAAGAGAAUAAGAUCUACCCAAUUAAAAUUUUUUAUGAAGAUAAUGUUCAGGUUGUACAGAAUGCGAUGGAGGCCACUCUGUGUGACGUGUAUAGAGCUGUGCCGUUUCUUCAGUUAGAGAGUUGCAGGGUGUCAGAUCAGUUAUGUUUCUAGGCAUUGAUGACUGAUUGUCAACCUGCAAAUCUAUUUUGGUCAUGUUAUAGGGGAAUGUGAUGUCAAAUGUUCAUAAAUCCUGAAAAUGUUCAAAUGCCAUUUGUUCGUAGUAAAAUUCCCGACGUGUGUGAUUCCCACAUUGUGGAACAAUGUGUUACUUCCAAAGGUUUAUUAACCAUGUUUAUCACAUUACAGUAGAACACGGAUAUAACGAACUACAAGGGACCAGAGAUAUCAGUUCAUUAUAUCAGUUGUUCGUUAUACACGCUUUCGCUCGGAAACGUCCGCCAUCUUGGAUCAACAGCAUUAAUAUUUCUCAAUUUCGUGUCUAAACUGAUAGCUUUCCUCUUACUGUUGCCCGCCAUGACAGCAUAAUUUUUUAAUGUUUAAUGUUUGUUUUACAGACAAGAUUACAUGUACAGGUAAGAUUAACACAAUGCAAAUUAAACAAGGUUGAUCCGUCACUGCUGAUUGUAUUGUUUCGCCGCCAUUGUGUUGAUUCGCCACUGAUUGCGUACAGCCAAUUGUCAGAUUGAG